AUGCCAACCAACAAUGAGAGCAAGUAUAUAAAAGAAGUAUGGGCCGAAAAUCUUGAAGAGGAAAUGGCUGUUCUUCGAGAUCUAGUGGAACAGUAUCCUUUCCUCGCAAUGGACACUGAAUUUCCUGGAGUGGUUGCUAGACCCAUUGGGAUUUUUCGAACUAGUUCCGAUUAUCAUUAUCAAACCCUUCGUUGUAAUGUCGAUUUGCUGAAAAUCAUCCAGUUAGGAAUUACAUUUGCAGAUGAGAACGGAACUUUACCACCAGAUACUUGUACAUGGCAGUUUAAUUUUAAAUUCAAUUUGGGGUCAGUGUUUAUUGCAAAAAGAAAAUUGCGAGGUGAUAUGUAUGCACAAGAUUCCAUUGACCUAUUGACAAAAUCUGGUAUCGAUUUCAAGAAACAUGAAGAGUAUGGUAUAGAUGUAGAACACUUUGGUGAAUUGUUGAUAAGUUCUGGAUUUGUAUUACUGGACGAUGUUAAAUGGAUAUCUUAUCAUAGUGGUUAUGAUUUUGGCUAUCUAUUAAAAGUGCUCACAUGUUCUCCUUUACCGGCCGAGGAAUCAGAGUUUUUUGACCUAUUGAGAACAUAUUUCCCCUGUAUAUAUGAUAUAAAGUUCCUUGUGAGAAGUUUCAAAAAUUUAAAAGGUGGUUUGCAGGAUAUUGCAGAUGAUUUACAG